CCUGCGCAAACUGAGCCCUCCCAGCAGCCUCCGGCACAAGAUGGCGGCGCGAGGUUUUCUGUAGUUUCCUCUGAGAGGGAACACGAGGGACUGUGUGUCGCUGUGUUCCAGGUAACUCGGCGAGCCUUUCGGGCGUGUGCGGAUGUGCUGCCGUCCCAGGCCGGCUCCAGCCUCAGCCUCGGCGUCCCGUGGAGUUCCGCGUUGAGUCCGCGAGAAGGCAGAAGCGGAGCCCCGGCGGGUGCGAUGGCUGCGGUGGUGGCCAAACGGGAAGGGCCGCCGUUCAUCAGCGAGGCAGCCGUGCGAGGCAACGCCGCGGUCCUUGAUUACUGCCGGACCUCAGUGUCAGCGCUGUCAGGGGCCACAGCCGGCAUCCUCGGCCUCACCGGCCUCUACGGCUUCAUCUUCUACCUGCUCGCCUCGGUCCUGCUCUCUCUGCUCCUGAUUCUGAAAGCGGGAAGGAGGUGGAACAAGUAUUUUAAGUCAAGAAGACCUCUCUUUACAGGAGGCCUCAUCGGAGGCCUCUUCACCUACGUCCUCUUCUGGACGUUCCUCUAUGGCAUGGUGCACGUCUACUGAAAUGAGGGCAGGGGUGACUUAAAAAAAGGAAGAUUGGCAGGACUCUUGCCAGCAAUUAACACCGUGUAGACUUAUUUAGUUUUUAAAUUGUUUGAAUUCGCUGCUUGUUCUGUACUGUUAUAAUUUAUAUCUGAAGACAGCCUGUAAUAUUCUUCAGAUUAAAUGAAGUGUGACAUCU